AUGGAUAUUUCACUUCGUGAAGCACAGGAAACGAUUUUCAAUAUCAUUCAAGGAGAAGAGCAGCGAUCUUUGCUUUCUAUUAAGGAACUUUGUCACUGCCGUUUUUACGAUCUCCCCCCAGUUCCAGAAUUCCACAAGCCUAGUGUUGGCAUGAUUCGCAGUGAUGAUUUGGGUCGAUUGGUUCAAUUCAGCGGUACUGUGAUCCGUACUGGGAUGAUCAAGAUGUUGGAGGCAGAGAAGGAAUACGAGUGUCAGAAUCCUCGCUGUCGCUGUCGAUUUAAAGUGAAAGCGGAUAUCGAGCAAGGCGGCAUCAUGGAGGUUCCUACUCGCUGUCCAUCGAACCAAAACGCGGGGAAGUGUAAAUCUGUGCAGUUCAAACCGAUCGAAGGCAGCGUGGUGUGUUGCGAUUACGAAGAGAUUCUCGUGCAGGAGCGAAUCCAGAUGCUCGAAGUGGGCACCAUGCCUCGUUCCAUCACGAUCAUUCUAUUAAACGACCUGGUUGAUUGCUGCAAAGCUGGAGAUGAUAUAGUGAUCACGGGAAUCGUGCGACAGCGCUGGAAGCCGCUGACACGCGACCAGAAAUGCGAAGUGUUUAUGAUCGUUGUGGGCUUGUCGGUGCGAUUGGUGGGCGAUAAGGACAAUGAUCGGUUUUUGACGGAUGAGAUGAUUCAGAAGUUCCAGAAAUACUGGGAAUACUAUUACACGAUCCAGAAACGCCCGUUUCUGGGCCGAAACAUCCUGGUGAGCAGUUUCUGUCCCUCCCUCUACGGCCUCUACCUCGUGAAGCUCAGCAUGCUGCUCAUCCUCAUCGGCGGCGUCUCCGAUCGGUCCUCCGAGAAGAAUCCGGUGCGCGGCCAGAGCCACAUCCUCAUCGUCGGCGACAGUUCCACGGGGAAGAGCCAGCUCCUUCUCUUCGCGAACCGCGUGGCGAUUCGGAGCGUGAUGACGACGGGAUUGGGCACGACGAGCGCGGGCCUGACGUGCUCCGCGGUGAAGGACAGCGGAGAAUGGAUGCUGGAGGGAGGAGCGUUGGUGCUGGGCGAUCGCGGCGUGUGCUGCAUCGACGACUUCAAUUCGAUCCGCGAACACGACCGAGCGACCAUCCACGAAGCAAUGGAGCAGCAGCGACUCUCGGUGGCGAAGGCCGGGAUUGUGACCACGCUCAAUACGCGAACCGUGGUUAUCGCGACGUGCAACCCGCGGGGAAAGUACGACGUCUCGCAGGAUUUGUCGGUGAACACGUCGAUCGCCUCGCCGCUGCUGAGCCGAUUCGAUUUGAUUCUGCUGCUGCUGGACAAUUCGAACAAGAGCUGGGACAACAGCGCGGUGAACUACAUUCUGAACAUGAACGUGAACGCGCAGUCGUCGCUGACGAGCAGCUAUUCCGCGCGGUAUCAAUCCGCGUUGUGGUCGGUCGAGGAGCUGAAGGGCUACGUGCUCUUCGUCCAGCGCCAAUUCCAGCCGCGUCUCUCCUCGUCUGCGCAGAAGAUCCUCACGCAUUACUACCAGUACGUGCGUGGGCACAACAACAGCGUCGCGCAGGCCACCGUGCGGCUGCUGGAGUCGCUGAUCCGCUUGGCGCAGGCGCACGCGCGGCUGAUGAUGCGAAGCCGCGUGGAGACGAUGGACGCGGUGGUGGUCGUGCUGCUGAUGGAGGCGUCGGUGCUGGGGACGGGACUGCUGGGUAGGAGCGAGGCGUGGCUGCGAGGUAGACAUCAACAACCUGCUGUACGUGGACUUCCCGACGGACUGCGAGGCGGAGUACGCGAAUCUGGAGAGCUUUGUGCUGUCGAAGCUGGGGUUGGAGUGGGGAUUGGACGGCGGAGUGAGCGGCAGAGACGAGAUUCCGCCCACCGAUUUCGCUGCGAUGGGAGUCUCCGAGUUGGCUCAGCGAGGCGAGGGGGAGAAGGCCGGGGAAGCGGGGAGGGAGGGCGUGGGCGAUGCUCUCUUCUCGCAGAGCGGAUCGCCCGCAAAGCCCAGCGCGGGCAAUGCCGAGUUGCUUUUCCCGACCCCCACAAAGGAAGCAAAGGAACCAAAGGAACCAAAGGAAUCUUCGAAUUCGAUGGAACCAAAGGAAUCUUCGAAUUCGAUGGAACCAAAGGAAUCUUCGAAUUCGAUGGAACCAAAGGAACCUUCGAAUUCGAUGGAACCUUGCCCGCCUUUGUCGAACUUCCAAAGACGAAACGCUUCGUUGCCGGUGUCUCCCCACAAACCCACUCCCCCUUCCUCCCUCCCCCCGGUUUCCCCGGUUUCCCCGGUUUCCCCGAAGCCCUCAGCCCCGGUGGCGUCCUCCGUGCCCGGCGAAAUCCCUUCCAUCCCCGCGGGGAACGCCCUGGAAGGCGCGCUGAACGACGAAGAUUUGCUGCAGCUGCUGGAAAUCGAAGAGCAAAAGGCGGCGGAGGGGAAGGCGGCGCUGAGCAACGAGGUGGAUCAGAUCUUUGCCUCCAUGGAGAACGAGGCGAGCGGGGAAAACGCGGGCGGCGCGGCGGAGGGCGGAGGGAAAGCGGUGGAAAGCAGUCUGCGCGAAGAGCAGUUCCGACUGUCGCAGGAGGUGUCGGGGCACUGGAGCGAGCUCAGUCAGCUCAAUAA